GCUAAAAAAUGAACAAUAUAAGAUAAAUAAAAUUACAUUUGUAAUUGGGAGGAGCACUUGUUUACAGUUUUUAAAUCGCCUUCCAGACCAUGAAGUAUAAACACCUGACAGCUAGAAUACAGGCGUGUCACGUAAUCGGAGUACAUAAAGACUGCACUUGAUCAAGGGUAGCCGCCAUCACUAAAGUCAGUCACAAAGUCUAAUGAUGGACCCCCGUACCAGUAGCCAAGACGUGAUGCGAUGUGACAUGUGUGAGACUGCUGUGGUACAGAUGCACUGUGAUACGUGCCUUGCCAACCUAUGUUCAGCUUGUGUAGGAAAUCACAUUAUAUCUGAUGAAUCCAAGGACCACAAAGUUGUUAAAUUUCAGGCCAGGAAAUCCACUCCCCUCUACCCUACAUGUACCACACAUAACAAAGAACCAUGUGAAAUGUACUGUAAACAAUGUAACAUUCCUUUCUGUCUUAGCUGUAUUGCAUCCAAACAACAUUUAGGUCAUGAAUUAUCUAAAGUCUUGCAAGUUGUUCGUGAAAAGAAAGAUAUGAUUACAAAACAAAGAAAUGAAUUAAUUGAUACAAUUUAUCCUACCUACCAGGGCAUUGCCUUUGAUGUGCAAAACAGAAUGAUUCACUUAGAAAAGGAACAUGGAGAUCUCUCAACAGCCAUAACAAAACAUGGAGAGGACUGGCACAGAGAAAUAGACAAACUUGUCAAGAAACUUAAAGCUGAAGUUGAUGAGAUGAAAAACAUACAGCUACAAACUCUACAGAAACAUCUGGAUGAAAUACUCAAGAACAUUUCUGAAAUCAAGGAUGAAAUCAAUUCAUUGGAAACUGUAAUAGACACCAAUGACUUGUCAAAACUAUUUGGCGUGAAAGUCAAUGUAUCUAGAUACAGAAAACUUCCACACAAAAUUAUGCCAUCUUUACCUAAAUUCAUUCCAAGAAUUGGCCAUAAAGAAGAACUUAGUAAAUUGUUUGGAGCCUUAUCAUCAAAUUCUUUAACAUCAGAUAAACACGGAUACAGUAUGAUGACAAUACAGAAAUCACCAGAAGCUGGAUCCUCUCUUUCAGGCAAACAGCUGCUUGAUGAACCAGAGACUGUCACCACCAUUAAAAUAGACAUAUAUUCUCUGAUUCCAUACUUUUACAUUGUUUCCUGUCUGAGUGACAAAGAAAUCUGGACAAGUGGAAAUGAUGGCACCAUGAAACUCUACAGCAUCAAUCAGGGAUCACUACUCAAGUCAAUCACAACCAAGUCAGGGAACAUGCCAUCUAACAUAGCAGUGACAAAAAGUGGUGAUCUAGUUUAUACUGAUAACAUUGAUAGAACUGUGAACAUUGUGAAGAAUGAGAAGAUAGAGGAGGUGAUCAGAUUACAGAACUGGGUUCCUAAAGGUGUCUGUUGUACCUCCUCUGAUGACCUCCUGGUUAUCAUGUAUAGUGAUGAUAACAAACAAACAAAAGUUGUCCGUUACUCUGGCUCCACAGAGAAACAAACCAUUCAGUUUGAUGAUAAAGGUAAACCUCUCUAUUCUUCUGGUUUUCAUAUUUUAAGAUACAUUACUGAAAACAGGAACCUGGAUAUCUGUGUUUCUGAUGAUGGAGCUGGAGCAGUAGUGGUGGUCAAUCAGGCCGGGAAACUGAGAUUCAGGUACACGGGGCAUGCUCCUGCUCCAAAGAACAAACCAUUUGAUCCACGAGGAAUCACCACAGACAGUCAGAGUCACAUUCUUACAGCUGAUUUUAACAAUGAUUGUGUCCACAUCAUAGACAAGAAUGGACAGUUUCUCAGUUACAUAAAUUGUGGACUGAAUGAUCCUUUUGGAUUGUGUACAGAUACAAAUGACAAUCUGUUUGUUGCCCAAUUAUUGAACAAACGAGUGAGGAAAAUCAAAUAUCUUAAUUAAAACCUAUGACCAUUAUUACCGUGAAAUAUGACAAUGAUUUAUCUUGUAGGACUUACACGUAUCAUAAUAAUUUUUUCUAAGAUAACUCAAACUGUCUCGCACAAAAGAAACAUUUCAGUAAGUAUAAAACAACACAGAGAUCAAUCACUAUAAAAAUGUUGAAGAUUGUAUGGAUGAUUUUUCAUGGAUUUGGUCCCACUCCUUGAGACUCAG